AUGCAAGAGUUUGAGCUAGAGGACGCGCUGCUUAACGUGCUGGCGUCAUUUAUCUUUAAGCUGGUAGGCGAUCAGUCGUUUAGCAGCGGGUUUGUCCACUUUCUGGCCGUGCUCGGCAUCGAUGCCCCGGCCCAGCGACUGCGCAGGGCGAAACACUACUCAUACAUGCUCGCCGGCGUAGCAUACUGCAUACGCGUGUUGGGCGUUGAGAAGCUGCUUCCGUCAGCUAAGCGCAGCAAGCAGACUAACAAGGACUGUAAGCGCUUCCUAGCUAAGAGAGUAAAGUAUCUAGCUAACAGUUUGUACAGUCUAAUAAGCUAA